CGAGGAGGGCGGUGACUCCGCAGGGCCAUGGCGGGUGCUACCCGUUUGUCCUUGCAGCUGCUGGAGGCACUUCGCGAGGAGGAGCCACGGGCCGUGGAGGAGCUGCUGCACCUCGGGGCGGACCCCAACCUGGUGCUGGACGGAGGCGUGGCGGCGGUGCACCUGGCGGCCAGAGCAGGCCACCCGCGCGCCCUGCAUUGCCUCCGGAUGCUGCUGCGCCGGGGCGCCGACCCCAAUGCUCGGUCUUCCGAGGCGCUGACGCCCAUGCACGUUGCAGCCGCAUGGGGCUGUCGAGAAGCCCUGGAGCUGCUGCUGAGUUGGGGGGGCGACCCCACUCUUCGAGACCAGGAUGGGCUACGACCCCUGGCCUGGGCACUGCAGCAGGGACACCACAACUGUGCACACUUGCUGCGGGAGCUGGACACGUCCACCCGAACGGGGAAGGAGACCCCUGGUCCCACAGUGUCUCCUGGAGUCUCUCGGCAGCCAUGUGUGUCCUGGGACUCGGAGCUUCGCAUGUGCAGAGCUGAACCAUUGGUGGCUGCAGUGGACAAGGCUGCAGAGCUCCAGAACCCUGAGGCUGCCAGGAGCCUGGACUGCAGUAGUGAUGCCUCCUUCAUCACUGCGGUGGAGGACCCUCCACAGCCCUGGUGCCCUGCGGGGAUUCGAGGGCUGGUGGCCGACCCAUGGCUGUCCUGUGGGGCUGUAGAGACUGGGGAGGAGGCACCUAGCUGCCAGCUUCAGGCCCUGAAGUUGACCACAGAGGCCACUGACGUCCUUUCCCUACCAGGUGACAGGGACCUACGGGCCUCAUACCCCCACAGCCUGGUGUCCCCCAUGUCUGACCUGCAGCUGCUCCAGGCCCUUCGAGCACUGGGCCAAAGCCCUGGCCCUGUCACACCUUUCACUAGAGGACAUUACCUGCGGAGGCUGCAGGAAGCCCAGGCUAGCCCUGCUGUUGCAGGGCACAGCCCAGAACUGUCCAAGGCACUGAAGACAGGCCACAUCCCGGACUGCCAGGCAGAUGAGGCUGCCUUGUCUCAGCACUUUGAGCAGCCAGCUCCCUCAAGAAGGUGGCAGGGAGGCAUUACAAAGUCCAGUUUUACAUAUCUUCUUCUGGACCCCAGGCUGACACAAGGCCUGCCUGCCCGAGCCUCCUCCCUCACACUGGUCGAGAGUCUGCAGUGUUUUGUGCGAGCCAUCUUCUAUGUGGGCAAGGGGACCCGUGCUCGGCCAGAUACCCACCUCUGGGAAGCCCUGGCCUACCGGGAUCAGCCAGGGAAACAGGCCUGCCCCAAGGUCCGUAGGAUCUUAGACAUCUGGGACAGUGGGCGCGGUGUCAUCUCCCUGCACUGCUUCCAGCAUGUGGUGGCUGUGGAGGCCUUUACACGGGAGGCUUGUCUGCUGGAUGCGCUCGGUAGGGAUCUAGCUUGUACAGCUGUGGUUGGGAUUCAGACACUGACCAACCAGAAACAAGGCCACUACUACGGAGUUGUUGCCCAUUGGUCACCCCCACGGCGUCGACGUCUGGGAGUGUACCUGCUGCAGCGUGCUCUGCUAAUCUUCCUGGCUGAGGGAGAACGAGAGCUGCGGCCUCAGGACAUCCAGGUCCGAGGCUGAGGACGUGACCAUGAAGCCUGAGCCAUCAGGGUGUCUCAGCAUCCCAGGGCAGGUCCUGUCUGUCCCCAGCUCUAGCUUCAGGGGACAUAAUUUGUGUGUGUGUGUAUGUGUGUGUGUACACGCACACGUUUCCUUAGAAUGCAUGGUGCUUCUGGAUGGGCAGUGAUCUCCCAGUCAGGGGAGGAACAAGGCAAGGAGCAGAAGGUACUCUAGAACAUGCUACUUUGUGUCUCUUUUAUUUAUUUUAUGUAUAUGAAUGUUGUAUGCCUGCAUGCCAGAAGAGGGUACCAGAUCUCAGUAUAGAUAGUUGUGAGCCACUGUGUGGUUGCUGGGAAUUGGACUCAGCACCUGUGGAAGAACAGCCAGUGCUGUUAACUGCUGAGCCAUCUCUCCAACCCUCCAUGUCUCAUUUUCUGAUCUAAGAGCUUGAGUGAGCGAUCAGGCUAGGUAGGCAUGGUAGUGGUGGUCCAACCACUACCAUCACCAUCCCUGAUCUCACCCCCACCCUGCUUUUGGAAGGCAGAGGAAGGGAAUUCCUAGUUGGAAAUCAGCUGGGGAAUCUCAGAACGGGAUUGUAUUUGGUUAAAGGCUGUUGUGUGUUUGAUGGUGACAGUUGUUCCCUGUGGGUGUGUCCACAGUAUUGUUGAGGUCCCCACUGUGCUGUGGGAGAACAUCUCAGAUAAAGCAGAGCUGAAGAACUGACUGGGGACUGCGCAUGUGCUUCUCUUUGCUGUCCCAGGCCUGCCCCACUCCUUUAUGGCCCUGCACUGUCUCUAGCCCCUUGCUCUCUUGUCGGGAGCUCCAGUGGCCUGCUUUGAUAUUUAAAUCUCAGUGGAGAGAUGGCUUUUAGCAGGCCUUUACUAAUGGCAGAGGAGAACUUGCAGGUCCAUCUCCUUUUGUUUGUGACAGCAGGUGGGAUAGCUUGUGAGGGUCACACCUCAGGCUCCUUGUGCAAAUUAACCUAUUGUUCUGAGAUGUUUUACUGGCUGAAAGUAACUCCUCAAAAAAUAAAGUGGUCAGAAGGCUGGAGGCAGAGGAGGAGGCAGAGACUUGAGACUUGCUGCUUGCUGCAGCAGCCUGCCUUUUGCUGAGUCUGGACCUUUAAAAAGUU